CCUUUGCUUCGUCACGUGACUCGAGCGCGCCAGAUCCAGAGCUGCUUUGGCGCGAGCCAGCGGGGGUUGAAGGCUGUGCAGAGAGUCCGGUCCGGUAAAUCCAGUGUCUGCGGUACCAGCCAACACCAUGCCAGUGGAACAGCUCGGCAGCGGUUCUCCUUCAUCAGAGAUGGAAGCUCCCUUUGAUGAAAUGGUCAUAACUCCAUCCAUGUUAAAAGAAGAAGAUAAGCUUGAAAAAGCUGGUGAGGUGGAAGAAAAGAAAAUGUUGGAAAAGGCUCGGAUGUCAUGGGAAAGGGAUUCUAAUGAGCUGCGUUAUAGGAGACUCCAGCAUUUACUUGAAAAGAGCAACAUUUAUUCCAAGUUCCUCUUAACUAAGAUGGAACAGCAGCAACUUGAGGAAACAAAAAGGAAAGAAAAACUUGAAAAAAAGAAACAGAAGCAGGGUGAAUCUGCAACGGCAAAAAAGCAAGCAACUCAGAAUGAAGAUCAAUCUGAUCCUAAGAAGAAAAGGCAAAGAGACGAAACUUAUAGUAUUUCAGACGUGAUGUCUAAAGAGGAAAUCUUAUCAGUGUCAAAGAAAAGCAAGGUUGAUAUGCAGGAUGAAAAGUCUCCUAGCAAACUCAACACCGAAGACCUAGAGAAAAAUGGAGACUCUAACAGUGUCAUUAAAGACCGUUUAUCCCAAGCAGUGAGGCACAAUGCCAAACAUCUACUUGACCCAACACGAACAGUAGAUGGGAAGCCUGUGCCUUAUCAACAGCCAAAGUACUUUAUUGGUGGGAUAAUGCGAUGGUACCAGGUGGAAGGCAUGGAGUGGCUCAGGAUGCUCUGGGAAAAUGGAAUCAAUGGCAUAUUGGCUGACGAAAUGGGUCUAGGAAAGACUGUACAGUGUAUUGCCACAAUAUCCAUGAUGGUUGAGAGAGGAGUACCAGGGCCUUUUCUUGUUUGUGGCCCAUUGUCCACUCUUCCUAACUGGAUGUCUGAGUUUAAACGAUUUUCCCCUGAGAUUCCUGUUAUUCUCUACCAUGGAAACCCGCAAGAACGUCGUGCAUUGGCACGAAAAAUUAAUCAGCGCCAUGGCUCUUUGAAGAUCCAUCCAGUGGUGGUAACUUCUUUUGAGAUUGCAAUGAGAGAUCGCCCUGCUUUACAGCGUACAUCCUGGAAGUACAUGAUUUUGGAUGAAGGGCACAGGAUUAAAAAUAUGAACUGUCGUCUUAUUCAGGAAUUGAAACUUUUUCAUUCUGACAACAAGCUACUUUUGACUGGCACACCUCUACAAAACAAUCUAGCAGAAUUGUGGUCUCUUCUUAACUUUUUACUGCCUGAUGUGUUUGAUGACCUGAGGAGCUUUGAAGCAUGGUUUGAUAUAACUGGAAUAACGCAAAAUGCUGCAGACAUUGUAGCCAAGGAACGAGAGCAGAACAUUCUACACAUGUUGCACCAGAUUUUGACUCCAUUCUUACUGAGAAGACUGAAGUGUGAUGUUACACUGGAGGUACCUCCUAAGCGUGAAGUUAUAGUUUAUGCACCUCUGACCCAAAAACAAGAAACUUUCUAUAAAGCAAUUGUUAAUCGGACAAUUGAAAACAUGCUUGGAGUGAAUAAGAAAACUGAUACAAUAAUAGCAUCCCCUGCUGGUGGAAGAGGUAAGAGACGGAGUCGCAAAGUGGUUAAUUAUUCAGAGCUGGACAAGGACACUCCAAAUGAUUUAGAAAAACUGAUCAGCAAACUUAUUAAACAGCAAGAACAACAAGAAGAAAGACCGGUGGUUGAUGUAAGCCUUCCGGUAGAUGCAGAAGUGAAUAUCAAAAUGAAAAAUGUUAUGAUGCUGUUGAGGAAAUGCUGUAAUCAUCCAUAUUUAAUAGAGUACCCUCUAGACCCAGGAACACAGAGUUUUAAGGUUGAUAAAGAACUGGUGAAUAGUUCUGGAAAAUUCCUUGUCUUGGAUAGACUAUUACCAGAGAUGAAAACGAGAGGACACAAGGUGUUAAUAUUUUCACAGAUGACUAUGAUGUUGGAUAUAUUAAUGGACUACUGCUAUUACAAAAAAUUCAAGUUCAGCAGGUUAGAUGGAUCCAUGUCAUACGGCGAAAGAGAAGAGAAUAUGCGGAAUUUUAACACCGACCCAGAUGUCUUCAUCUUCCUGGUUAGCACUCGUGCAGGGGGAUUAGGUAUCAACUUGACUGCUGCUGAUACAGUCAUCAUAUACGACAGUGACUGGAAUCCACAAGCUGAUCUACAAGCCCAAGAUAGAUGUCAUCGAAUUGGGCAGACCAAACCUGUUGUAGUCUAUCGUCUUGUGACUGCAAACACUAUUGACCAAAAAAUUGUUGAGAGAGCUGCAGCAAAAAGAAAACUAGAGAAACUGGUCAUUCACAAGAACAAAUUCAAAGGUGGACAAACUGGCAUGAACCAGUCAAAGAGCUGCUUAGAUCCCAAAGAACUGAUGGAGUUGCUGGAAUCUCGCGAUUAUGAGAGGGAAGUUAAAGGAUCAACUGAGAAAGUGAUUAGCGACAAAGACUUGGAACUGCUACUGGACAGAAGUGACCUUGUUGCACAAAUGAAAGACAAUGUUCUAGCUCAAAAAGCCAAGCAUGGGGUGUUCAAACUUGUUGAAGAUGAAGAUGCCACUGUGUAACAGGAAUCUAAAGAGCGACCUUUCCAAUGAAUACUGACCAUACUAGAACCUACUUAGGACUUUUAACCCAGUUUAAUGUGCAAAUAGCUUUAUGAAUCUGCAAAAUGUUCUAGUGAAAUAGAAGAGGACUUCAGAUAUCCUCAUGCUUAUUACUGCACUUUUACUUGAAUUCAAGAUCACUGUCAUGAACACUCUUCCUGUGGAAGCCUUUCUAAUUACAUGUCUACUGUAUUUUUGUUUCAAAUAAUUGUUAUAUUGAAAUUUGUGUUUAAUUAAAAAUCAUUUUAAAUGUG